CAGUAAGUAGUCGAAACGUCAAAAUCAAAUAAGCAGUAAACAAAAACUCCAAACGACCAACAAAAAAGACCCCGCCUCGAAAAUAACGGGUUUUGAAAUUUGCACCGUAACAUUAACACAACAUUACAUUCACACCCCCAAACAUUUCCCCUUCCCUCCUUCCUUCAUCUUCCUCUGUCUCUUCCUUCUUCAGAUACCACCUGCUUUUCUUCCAAACACGCCACGUCACCAAUACUUUCAUACUUUCUCUCUCCUCUUCUCAACUUAACAUAACUACAAAGCAACGAAUUCUCUUUCUCGCCGUUUUUUUUUUUUUUUUUAAAUUUUAAUUUAAUAAGAUUCUUUUUCUGUUAGCUGAUCUUUUUAUUGCAAUAAAAGCAUCAUCAGCUGCAUUUGCGAAAGAGAAAUAAAAAAAAUAAAUAAAAAGAGAGAGAGAAAAUAAAAAUGGGUUCAAGUUCGAAUAAUAGUGGAAGUAGUAAUUAUGAUUUAUCAUUCAAAGUGUUGUUAAUUGGUGAUUCUGGAGUUGGCAAAAGUAGUCUGCUUGUUUCUUUCAUUUCUAAUUCCACUCAUGAUCAAUCUCCUACUAUUGGGGUUGAUUUUAAGAUCAAGACGCUCACUGUUGGUGGGAAGAAGUUGAAACUUACAAUAUGGGAUACUGCUGGUCAGGAGAGGUUCAGAACACUAACAAGUUCCUAUUAUAGAGGUGCCCAAGGGAUUAUUCUUGUGUAUGAUGUCACAAGAAGAGAAACUUUUACCAACUUGUCUGAUGUUUGGGCUAAAGAAGUUGAGCUUUACUCAACCAAUCAAGAUUGUGUCAAGAUGCUCGUGGGAAAUAAAGUUGAUAAGGAUUCGGAAAGAGCUGUGACUAGGGAAGAAGGCAUUGCUCUUGCACAACAGUUAGGUAGUCUGUUUCUUGAAUGCAGCGCCAAAACUCGAGAAAAUGUGGAACAGUGCUUUGAAGAGCUUGCUUUGAAGAUUAUGGAAGUUCCAAGUCUCUUGGAAGAAGGGUCUAAUGUGGGAAAAAGGAAUGUCUUGAAACAGAAGCAAGAUCAAAGAGCAUCUCCUCCAGGUGGUUGUUGCGCUUGAACAGCCACGGUGACUCCAUAUACUUCAAAUAGGAGUCCUGAACCGCAGUUGCAACUUCAAUAUUGGUGGAAGUUUUAACAUGUUGCGUUCAAAUUAUGUACAUGAUAAUUCUUUUUCACUUUUCUACUGUUCUGUGUGUUUUAUUCUGCUGUUUAGCUGUGUAUCGUCAUUCAUAGGAAUUAGAGCUGUUACAAGUUUGUGUAUAAUAAUAGUAGACUUUCUUAGGCGUGGCUUCUCUUAUUUACUUGGAUUUGUCACUUUGCUUGCUUCGUGAGCUUGUAUGUAUACAUCAACGAAAAGUUUAUGUAUCGUUGAUAAUUUAAGAGUUAAAUCAUGCUAUAAUAUCCAUGAAGGGGUAGAUUAAAGUCUACUUUGAUCGAUCCUUGAACGAGAGCAACUAUUUACACACAAUCUCUUAAGAUUUGAGCUCACUCCUUCCUCAA